GGACAGAUGCUGCAAUAAGUCUGCAACGCCACCACAUUAGCAUACAAGUUGCUUAGACUAUAUUAUCACUGCGGUUUGUAUGCUUUAGGAUAACUUUGAUUUACAUGUAUGUGUAGUUCGAUAUUGUGAUCUGUUUUCAUAACACGUGUGCUUGACUUGGACACGCAUGGAAGAAGCCGGUGUCACUGUGAUCUUGUAAUAAAGCAGUAUGCUUUCCCUCAAAGAGAAAGAUCGACCCAUUGUAAGAAAGCUGUUUGACGCUGGCUGCUGUGCGAGAUGUGUUCUCCGGUUCUGUUGUGUAGGAACCUACUCAUCUUACAGACAACCCUACGAGGAUAUACACAGAGAGCUUUUCGCCUUCAUCGGCGAGGAAAACAGCAAGUCCCAUGAUGCAUCUGAUCAGGGUCAGUCCGAGGACCCACCGAGCAAACGCAUGAAAAUAGAAGACAACGGCAGCCUGGAAGAUUCUGUCACGCCAGCAGAGCCAAAGACAGUUUCGGAUAUUUGUCCAGUGUGUCUCGGAGUACUGCAGCACUUCUGUGAUCACACUUAUGCCAAACAGGUGUCCGAUGCUGUGAAGAAAGAGCAGUAUGAGUUUGACCGUCUGGUGCUGACUGUCUCUCUUCCUGCUCAGCUCUCCGUCCGAGAGCACUCUUGCUGGUUACACAUCAAACGGGAAGUCAGGGAGAAGAGCAUGUGUUUGGGGAAAGAUGAUGUCAUCCAGGUGAAGGAUGCCUUCAAGUGGGCCGUACAGGGAAAGAUCGGCCAGGAUCUGGGCGCUAAUGUACUGGCCAAUAGUGCGUUUGAAGUGAGUGUCGGGUUUACACACCCAGAAACAGAUGAAGACUGUCAUUUUCUGGCGACCAUUUGUCCAGACUGUUUCAAACCCACCAAAAACAAAUUGGAGCCAUUCAAGCUUGAAGUACCACCUUGUUUUCAGCAGGGGGCAUCUAUCUUCACCAGGAUGGCGGUGGUGAAAGCUCUAGAAAAGAUCUCUGAUGAGAAGUUUAGCAGACAUUACCCCUGUCCACCGAAGAAACCAGAAACUACAUGUACAGCACUGGACACCACAUGUCUCCACAAUUCUGUCUUUAUAGCAGGUCGGUAUAAUAAGUUUUCUCGGGAGCUUCCACAGACACCGUGGGUGAUAGAUGGAGAGAGACGGAUGGAGGGAUCCGUGGAGGAGCUGAUCGCUGCUCCUCUCCUCUUCUCGUUCAGAGCUGACGGUUUUAACUUCUCAUCAUCAGGACGAGAGGAUGUGGACGUGAGGACUCUUGGAAAUGGUCGGCCUUUCACUAUGGAGUUGUUGAACCCGCACCGAGCUAAAUUUAACACAACCGAGAUCAGACAACUGCAGGAGACGAUCAACCAGUCAUCUGACAAAAUUAGAGUACGAGACCUACAGAUUGUCACAAGGGAAGCAACAAGUCGCAUGAAAGAGGGCGAAGAGGAGAAGACGAAAUCCUACAGUGCCCUCAUCUGGACACACAAAGUCAUCUCCAGCACUGAUCUGGAGUUUCUGGGAAACAUCAAGGACUUGAAGAUUGCUCAGAAGACCCCGUUGAGAGUUCUUCAUCGCCGGCCGCUGGCGGUCCGACAGAGACUCAUACACUCUAUGAGUGUUUCUUACCUGGACACACACCAUUUCACCUUAAAGCUCUGCACACAAGCUGGGACUUACAUAAAAGAGUUUGUGCACGGGGACUUUGGCCGCACUAAACCAAACCUCUGUGACCUCAUGAAAACUGAUGCUGAUAUUCUAGAGCUGGACGUCGAGUCAGUAGAUAUCGACUGGCCUCCUGCGAUUCCAGAUUGACUUUCCAUCUUGAACCGAGAAUUACGGAGGAAUUCUGGGGAAUUAAAUUUAACACACAAAAAAAGCCACACAAUCCAAAAAAAUAAAUAAAAAUAUACCCAUUCCAGUUUGAGAAUAGCUCUGAGUUUGUCAGAAUUAUAUAUUGUGCUUUUGUUAGUUUGACAGUUAUAUUUGUAAUGGCAUUUGUUGCAUUAUAAAACCAAUCCUAAUGCAUUGUAUUUUGUUAAUAAAACAGCCCGAUUUUGUUUUA